UGAAGUAGAGUGCGAUCUCUUCCUGCAGCUCUCCCCUCUUUGUCACACAGGCAAUGCAUGCGCAGAACAGCCAAUAGGAACGCUCUGUCUUUGAAAUAACCUGUGAUUGGCCAAAGUCUCCCAUGACGGCUAGAUUUUGUGAAGCCUGAAAACCGAGCCAAGAGGAGGUGCGGAAGUCUAGUUUUCUCUCAGACUUCUUGAAUUACAGUAUGCUGAAAGAAUAUUAUGGAAUUUCUGCCCAACGAUGCCAAAAAUGAAGUGCCUACCACUGCUUUAAGUACAUUUUGCUUACAUACUGGCUCUCCUAAGUAAACCACCCCAUACAAACAUAAUGGCUGACCCAUGGCAGAAUGCAUAUGACUUUGCUGUUCAAGUGGCAAGAGCUGCUGGAGCGGUGAUCAGGAACGCCGGGGAGGAUGACAUAAAGGUCCAGACAAAGAGCUGCGCUGUAGACCUUGUCACUCAGACUGACGAGAGGGUGGAGAAAAUCAUCAUCGGGUCUCUUAAAGAACAAUUUGGAAAUGGCACACACUGUUUCAUUGGAGAAGAGUCAGUCGCAAAGGGGGAGCCAUGUAUCUUAACUGACAAACCUACAUGGAUCAUAGACCCUGUGGACGGCACCACCAACUUCGUGCAUGGAUUCCCGUUCGUGGCUGUGUCUAUUGCCUUUGCUGUCAAUAAGGAGUUGGAGUUUGGUGUGGUGUACAGCUGCUUGGAAGACAAGAUGUAUAAAGCAAGGAAAGGGAAGGGAGCUUUCUGCAACGAUGAACCGAUUAAGGUGUCCGAUGUAAACGACAUCAAUAAGUCCAUUAUCAUCUCUGAGCAUGGAACUGACAGGAGCAUAGAAAAGGUAACCAAGAUCUUCUCAACCAUGCAGAAGAUCCUCCGCAUCCCAGUGCAUGGGCUGCGUGGGUCAGGGACAGCUGCCACUAACAUGUGUCUGGUGGCGUCGGGGGCGUCGGAGGCCUUCUUUGAGAUUGGGAUCCAUUGCUGGGACAUUGCUGCUGGAGCGGUUAUAGUCAAAGAAGCCGGCGGACUAGUGCUGGAUGUUGAUGGGGGACCGUUUGAUUUGAUGUCUCGAAGGAUGGUUUCAGCAAACAACAAGGUUAUUGCUGAUCGGAUCAUCAAGGAAAUUGAAAUAUUCCAAGUGGUGAGGGACGACGCUCCGAUACAGAAGAAAUGACAAUAUCCAAAUGUGUUAUAUUUUUUUUUAUUUUUUCAUGAGUACAAGAGGAGUCUAUGCCAAUUGCUGUAUGUUGAAAUAUAAAGUUUCUGUGCUGUAAUCACUACUGAUUGUCUUUGAAUUUGCAUACUGGUUGUGUUUCAUCGGCUGCACUUUAAUUAUUUUUUGGGGCUUUUCCCUUUAUUUGAAAGUGGAUAGACAUGAAAGGGGGAGAGA